GGGAAAAUUCCCAGAAAACUUUCAGUUUCAGAUUUAGGAGCUGAAAAGUUCCUAGUCCAUUUCGAAGUUCUUUUAUUUUGAUCAUCAACAGUUUGGAGUGAUUUUCUGAGCUCGAACACUUAAAAAAUAUUCUGGAGAUUAACGAUGGGCACUUUGCAGCUAAGAAGGUACGUAUUUUAUUAGAAAUGCUUACAUAACAUAUAUUGACAACCAUACAAAUAUGAAGGACACGAAAAGAUUCGAUCGAUACGAUCGAGUCUGAGCGGCCUAUAAACACUGCAACAAAGCAUUCCACAAGGUAUUUUCGGACUUGAGGAAGCCAUAUUACACAAACUUUUACCAAACCAUGUGGAAGAGACCAUGCAUUUCGACUUUAAACUAUCCCUAGUGUAACAAUAAUUAGCAAAGAGCAACUCCAAUCAAUAGACCAUUUUACUGUUGUGCGCUUUCGUAUCCUAGCCUUUGAGUGAACGUGAGGCUGAGGCUGACCUUGUUUUGAGACAAACCUUUUUCCUUUUCUUCUAGAAAUUAUGCUUUAAAAGUAGUAGUUAGCAUGAGAACGACAUGAUCUAUGUAAUCAAGCAGGAAGGGUUGUAUCAAAACAAGGUCAACUCUAGCCUGCGUGGCAGACGUUAAAAGGCGAGGGGGAGUGGGAUUUGAGCGCGCGAGGGAGAAAGGAAAGGAACGCCUGCAAGGAGACCAUUGUUUUCUCCAUUUUUCACACUCAGAUUGUGAGCGUGAAAAUAGUGAUUGGUCAGAUUAAAUUUAUGUUUUAAUUAAAUGUCAAUUAUCUUCAACUUAAUACCUUUUUCUGAUUGGUUGAACUUGAAAUCAACAUCACGCCAUUUGAGUAACUAAACAUAUGUUGUUAGUGAAGCAUGAUGAGAUUUCUCUACAGGAAUUCAUCGUUAGAAGGCAUCAAUUUCAGCUUGAAAGGACAAUAGAAAAAAACAGUUUAAGAACAAUAUGAAGGACAAAGCCUGUCAGCAGAUGAGUUUUAAACCACAUUUACACGCGCUAAAAAACGCGGCACGGCACGCCAAAUUUUUGGCACCAUGCCUCAUUUACCUGUGAGGAGACUACCUCCGCGAGGUAGUCUCGGCGCCCCUAAAAUUUUGAGCACUGGAGCCACAUUUCAUGUGGGACUGAUACGUUAACAUGUCGAAAAUUGUGAGGACUGUGCCUUGAAAUUAUCAGCACGGUGCCAAAAAUUUGGCGUGCCAUGGCGAUUUUUUAAGCAUGUGUAAAUGGGGUUUUACUGACUGGUUCUGAAAAGUACCAUCUAGGGGUGGUGAAUGGUCCAUUAAAAUUUUUAACAGCUCGCAAAAUUUUACCUUUGCUCGACUUGCUCGCAAAAUUUAAAUGAUUGCUCGCUUGCUCAAGCUCCCCAAAUUUUGCAGUUGCUCGCAUGCUUGCUUUCUUGUCAGUAUAUUGCUAGACAUUUUGUGGAUCUUUCGUUGGAUUAAAGUAAAGGUAAUUCUGUAUGGUGCUUAAUUCUUAUAAAUAUGGCUAUCAAGUUCAGGGGAAAUGCACGUGAUAAAUGACAACGAUAAAUAAUAAAUGAGCUAAUCUAGGUAUAUAUGUUUAAAAAGAGAAGAUAUUGUUACCAGUUGAGUUCUUCUGAGGUUCUCUACCGCUCUACUCACUAGGCUUUAAUUAGGCCAUGUUUUCAAUAAAAACGGUAAUUGGAAGCUUUAGUAUAGGAUUCUUUCAGAAGAGGUUGUUCUGACACAAGGAUGUUGUUCCUCUUCAAGUUCUUCUUCAUCCACAUCAGUCAUGUCCCUUUCUUCAACCCCACCCCUUGUACACUCGAGACAUUCUUCGUACAGCUCUCGGUUUAAAUUGAUGUGAAAAUCUUUGUCUGUGAACUGCACUUUCCAAACAGUUCCAAUCACAAAAUGUUUCUCUUAACCUGAGUGGUGAACUCGUAAUUGAAUAUUAACUAGACAAUCUUCUUGAUCACUUGCGUACAGGUGUGUUUUUACUUUAGACGAAGUUCGAUCCCUUAAGGUUUUGUGCAGGCUUUCCCAAAAUAAAGGGUCCACUGAUCUCUUUGAACUUAGCGAUGAGUAUCACAUCGUCUUUUUAAAAUAUUUUCUGUUUUAUUUGAAAGAAAAGGAUUUCCAUAUGGAUUGCUGCAAGUGGAAAACAUAAGAAGUGCUCACUGCUUGUGAGUUGUAUUCUCUAAACUGCUUGCAGCUCACAAAGCAAAUUUUUUAUCACUGCUCGUGCUCGCAAAAAAAUCGCAGUCCUCGCAUGCUCGUGAAUGAUUGCAAAGACCAUUUGUCACCCCUUCAUCUCCCAACGGCUCAAGUCGGUUUUACUCGCCAGAAGAAAGAAAGGAAAAAUCAUGCUUCCUGUGUGCUUGUUAUCUGCUGUUUGACCCCCAUUAUCAACAGCAAAAUAAUUGAAGAUGAAGCGAUCGAUUGGUUGAGGACUUCUUCUUGCUGGUUAUAAAAUCGCCAAGAACUUCUUUUAAUAAUAAAUUGCUGCCUUCUUGCAGUUCUUCGAAGUUCAGCUCUUCUUUCCCUGCUACCAGCGUUCUUUUGUGUGCUCUGCUGGAUCCAAUUCUUCCUGAUAGAAAUUAUUCAAAGGGUGACAGCAAAUUGUUUUAAUUUUUCUUAGACAAACAUUGCAUUGAAAGUUGCGAAGAGCCACUACAUUUCUUAUUAAAUAGUUUUCCAGCCCGAUUCCUUCAGCAACAACUUGAAUAGACUUAUGCUGGAUUUUAUGUAACUCGGCACAUGUCAUUGUAACUUUCAAGGAAGAUUCCUUCAAUGGACGACUGCAUCUGAACUUUUUUUAUAGUAACUGAGCUGAGUUAUAGGCAUUUUCAAGUAAAAUGCACAUUAAAAAGAUAUUACAGUUUUGUGAACAGCACACAGGUGUGCAUGUUUGUUUUAAAGUAUAUGAAAGCUAUUUUAAUGUUUAACCAAUGAAAUAACUUUAGAGGUAUUACUAUUGCAUACUAUUAUUAUUAUAUUAUUAUUAUUAUUAUUAUUAUUAUUAAAACAUGCAAUUUAAUUGAAAUAAUGACAGGUUUUUCCUUAAAAUGACUAGAUGCCAAUAACCAGUCAAAAAGUGGACAAGGAAACAUCAAGUACAGUCAGUAGUAAUAAAUCAACAACAAACUAUGUGUAUUAGCAAUGGCAGCUGCAGCAGCAACAGGACCAAGUUCAAGGUAUUAAGAUCACUCUGAUUUCUUUCUUUUUUUUUACCUGUUAGUAGGUAUUGUUUUAGCCAGAUAUCCCUAGAAUGAAUUAGUGUGAUUGAUCUUCCCUUCAACUCCAUACACUGUGUGAUUUCCCUCAGCAUCAGAGCCAAGUGUAGAAUAAAUAUUAUUAGUAUUAUUAUUAAUAAUAACUACUAGAAGUAAUGUAUCAAAACCAAGGUUCAUUAGAUCUGAUAUCAAUACCCUGGCAAGUUAAGGAUUAACAAAGGUGCCACACCCACUUUAGUGGACAAACUUUGAGGUGUUUGAAAAUGGCAAAGAACAGGCUCUGAAAUAAAAAAUAAUAGAUCCUUUGCAGCUGGGAAUCAUGUGACCUUUCUUGUGCUAAAAUUAUGGAAUGCAAUUUAAAAUACCAGAGAUGGAAUGAGCAAAUCAAAAAAAUUUGCUGGGUCAGCUAAUUUUUAGGUUUGCUAUUAACAAUUCAAUUUUUACAUGUUGGUUUAAUGAAUUAUGGAAAAAUACAAUGAAUGGUUUAUAUCAAUGGAAAACAUAAAGCUGUACCAUAUACCUUGCGGUCCAGCAAAAUCCAUUUUACCCUUAUAAUUUUUUAAACAUCAGAACACGAUUGAAAUCCUACUCUUAAAAUUGGCCUGCUAGCUAAUUUUUUCAUUUUCAUCUCUUGCAUCAUUUAACUUGUUAAACAUGACAUAAUUUUGCAUAAGAGAGGUCAACAUGACUUCAACCUGCAAAUGGCUUAUUCUUGUAGAAAAAGCUGUUGCAAACCUCCUGUAAUUUAUGGCAACAACUUUCUUUGUUUUCUCUUCGUGAAUUAUUAAUGAGUUUGAGAAGCAACUUGCCAUAACAUGUUUUUGAUUUUUUUUGUACCCCAGUACCAGUGCUCUAGGAAACAUUAAUGACAGCAAGAAAAGAUGGAUGGUGUUUGGUCUUGCACUGAAGGACCUAGUGGACCAAAUUCGCUCUUUUGUAGAAAAGGAAGUUCAAAAGGAUUAUGUCAAUCUUAAAACCAGUCAUGGCAUUGAUUCUCAGAGCUCAUCUGGUCGACUGAAGAAAUGGAGUUCCACUUUUCUGAAGUAUGAAAACAUUAAUGGCAAUGAUGCUGUACCCAAGCUUCAUGGGAAGUUUAAUUAUGCUGCAUUUGACUGCCGCAUAAUGUCACAUGUGGACUAUGCAAAGCUGUACUUAGAGAACUAUAUGGCCAAGUUCACAGUGUUUGAUGAACACUGUGAUGCCUCUGCUGUGCUUAACUUGCUUGUUAGAGUUCCAGUGUUUUCUCUUGCUGCGCAGAGUGCUGCACAUGAUGUUCGGCAAGAUAGAAACACCUGGGCUCACUGUGCGUUCCAAGACUGGGAUCCUGCAAAGUUUCAGCAGUGUUUUCAAGACAUGAAAAGGUUGGUGAAUGCUCUGGGUCUGCCAGCUGCAGAUGAAACAAAACUCUUAGCAGAUCUCAACACCUGGGAGAAAACAGGUACUAACAGACAUAAUCUCAAUAAAAGCCUGCAAUAUCCGUGGGAACAUCCCUACUUGGCUUCAUCCCCACUAGGCUUCAUUGUGGUGGGAAAAGUUUUUAGGAAAGCUUUAAGGAUCUUAGCUUUAGAGGGAAGGGAGUGUAGGUGGGUAGUGGAGCAAGAUUUCAAGGGAAUGUUUGGUUUUUUUUGCCCUUUUUUCCGGUCUUCUCCACUGAAUCAUGCUCAUUCUGCUCUGGUUUGAAAGAUCUUCUCCCCAUACACUAGUCAGAUGACAAAGUUUUCCUUGAUCGUUAAAACUGAUGACGUCACAAGUGAUAGAAGGGGCGUGGAUCCGCACGGGCGGUUUAGGGGCGAAUGGAUUAAUCGGUCAUUUGUUUUUUUUUUGUUUGUUUUUUUGGCUAAGGUGACAAGACAUCAGCUAUUUUAAGCAAACGAUAUUAUUAUCUUGCUAUCAAAGGCGCAAAAUAUUGUAACAUAACAGUCACUGGAACAUCAACUCUUUCCAAGCAAAACCCGUACAGAAAUUCGGAAGCAAAAAGUACAGCACAAUUAUAAGUGACUUUUAACUCAUUUUAUCUACACAUGUAAACCAAAAUGUGCUGCCACUUUUCACUGUAUUCAAAUUGUUUGACAGGAGAUACUUAAAUAACCCGUAGUAAACACAUAGUGAACUUCAGCAUCGGCGAAGGCGACGGCAUCAAAAAUGUCACUUUAGUCACUCAGGUUUUGAAAAGGAAACGAAAACUCGCCGUCGUGUGUUUACGACCUCCAUAACAAAUCGAAUAAGGAAAAUUCACGUCGUGGUCGUACAGUGACGGCAAAGAAAUGUACCAAAAACGUGUGCUGCACGUGCAGAAUUGUUGUUUUGCUAAUCUGACGUUGUCGUUGCCGUCGCCUACGUUGUCGUCGUCGUCGUCGUGGUCGUUGCGAAUUUCUACUAGGGCUGUGUCCACUAUACUGGAUAACUUUUGCGCCGGUACGAAAACCAUACCCGAUAGCAGCUUCUGUUCACACAUAAGAACAGUGAUUUCGGCGCUAUUUCUGUAACGAAGCGAAGCUGCGCCGCGCCGAUCUCUUAAUACUAUUGUUUGUUGCAGUGUGAACACCUGUUCGGCCCGUGGUAGAAAUACAUAAAUGGGAGCGAGGCCUGGAACCCACUGAGAAGGAAGUAAAUAUUCACGAGGGAGGACUUGGAAUUUAGUGCAUCAAACCGUCUCGGCCAACCGCCCCGGCUGGCACGAUAUUCGAUGUGUGUGAACGACUUGUGCCGCCCUGGGUCGUUGCUGUUGUCACUUUUAUCGGAUAGCUUUUCGUGGCGACAGCCUAAAUCUGCAGUUUGAAUUAAAUUAAAGCUUCUCAAUGAAAACAAUGGCAGACAUUACGUGCAGUAUAAUUCAGUGUUGAGAUAGUAAUGAAUCGUAAUGUAGUUAAACUUCUACUUUUUCUUGUUUGCCAAGGACCGUCACUUUGUAUGAAUCCUUCUGUGGACGCAGUAUUAUUACAGAUGGUACAACAGCAUGUUCAUAAGCUGAUAGCUGAUGUCGACAAGAUGGUGUUUGCAGUGGAUUGCGACAGGGAGACAGUAAAGAAUGCACUGGAAGAUGUUGCUGGUGACGUGAAGGAACUGGAAAAACGCGUUUCAGUUGUUGAGAAGGAAAAUAAAGGAUUAAAACGCAACAUGAAAAGCUUUGAAGAUGAGCAGAGAGCUAUGGGAGGAAAGUUCAAGUCUCUAAAGUCAGACCAUGAUUUUGUAAAACAACGAGUAACACAAGUGGAAGAGCAACUUAGAUCUUCUCUUCCUCAAGUCAGCUUUGGUAAAUACGAUUAUUCUUAUUAUCUUUCAAACUUUAGCUUCUGUUUAAUUUUGUUUAAUCCCGUGGUGUUUCAAUGAUAUUGGAAAGCGUAUGCAAAAUACCAAAGGUGAUGAUUGCAAACCUACAUUUAAAGCUUUAAAUUUUUCGUUUAAAAGAGAACUUUAUAAUAAGCGAAUUUCCAAAAUUAAUAUUCGCAAUAAAUCAAGUUGAUGACGCGAUCUGCCCAUUGAAUGACUAAAACGCGUAAAAUUAUCCAUAACUUCAACUUUUAUUCAAAUUUUGUCCAAACGUUAUAGACAACUUUCAAUGGACAGCAAUGAAAUUCAGCGAUUUUGUAGCCUGUUACACUGAUCAAUUGUAGUUCUGAAAAUUUUAAUAGAAGUAAAUCUAUCUACGAAUUUUGAUAUUAUCACUUCUUUUCGUAAAAGUCGCCUUACAAAUUGCAAAAAGAGCUCAGUAUUGUACAUUACCGUGAUGAAUAUCUAGCCGAUGUUUUGAAAACCAACCUAUCGAAAAUUGCAGUCAUUUGUGUGAAAUGGCGUCAAAAGGCAGGUUUUGGGGGCUUGAUAAGCUGCAAACGUGAUCACAAUACUAACAAAGGAAAAAGAAAGAGCGACGAGGAAGAAAGAAGAAGAAGAGAAAAAAGCAGUGGUUGCACUCUUAGUUUUUAUAAUGGCUGCUGUGGUUUUUUGCCAGAUAAAAACCGUUGGACACAAAAAGGUCCAUUUGGCGGUAACGUUUUCAAAAAUCCGGCUAGAUAUACAUUUUGUUAUUCGAAAUCGCGCAUGUGUAGCUCUCUCGAGUGGUUUGGUGAAUGUUAAAGAGACAUUUUUUUAACGAAUAAGUUGUAAAAUCGGUCCAGAAAUCUAGUAAGUAGCCUACAGUAUCUUUACUGAUUCCUAAAAUAUAGAUUUGUGCGAAACUUCGCAAAGCAGAAGACAGGCACCCAAAGUAUACGUAGCGUAGUGCAUUCCCAGGGGAAAUACGACUUAGGACUGAAAUUCAAUGAGGAGCAAAAACAAUUGUGACGUCAUUGUCACGUUAUAUUCAUUCGGAUCGCGAAAAAGACAACAUAGUAAAGUUCAGUCUCUGUGUAAUUCAUGUGUUAUAAUGGAUUUACAGUAAAGACCAAGCUGUUAACGUAAACGCUGUUCCUUUUUCUUGUUCCUAAGAAAAAUUGGAAGUCUAAUAGAAAAGGUUUUUACUCAAGUAAGGAAAUGUGGAUCACUGAAAUGUAAUUUAGCUUUCUUCGUCUAAGCACUUUGUUUUUCUUCCUAUUUCCCCCCUUAGAAAUUUCCAAUUUUGAAGCCGAUAUCGCCUUUUUCAGCGAGCGACACGAUCCAGAAACGAGAGAGUGGCUCUUUGGAGAUAUUAACAAGUGGUUCCAUGCUCCUGGUGACUCCAGAGCUUAUGUUCUCCUGGGUGAUGCGGGAGUUGGCAAAAGUGUAAUAGCAGGAGCCCUGGCAAAGCGGGCACUGGAUGCUGGGUACUUAGGCGCUGCUUUCUUUUGUCGUCACAAUGACGAGACAAGAAAUGAUCCCAGAUGUCUUUUAGGUACUAUAGCUUGCCAACUUUGUAAAUGUAGUGUUCAAUACAGUAAUAUAGUGGGAGGGGAGGGUGGUGUAAGAAUGACAUUAGCCAAUAGUAAGUUAAGUAUUGGUGGGUUGUUUACGAAACUGUUACAAGAACCUUUAGGUAAGUGCGCGCCUUGUGAACAAAGAAAAUUAGUCAUUAUUGACGCUCUAGAUGAGACAGAGUACAAGUCCAGGGACGAUUUUCUUGAUCUGGUUAUGCACCGUUUUCCCCGGCUUCCAAAGUGGCUUUUGUUUUUUAUUACCAGCCGCCCUGAGGAUACCGUGCAGUUCACUCUGAAAAAUUAUAACCCUUGCGUUAAAAUAUGCGCUGGGUACGGCAAACAUCUUAAUGUUUAUCAGCAGCACGAGCAGGACAUAAAGCAAUUUUUGGAGAAAAGAGUCGAUUUUUCCUGUCUCCCAUGCACAGUUGAAAUAGUAACAGAGAAGUGCAAUGGGUUGUUCUUGUACGCGUUCUACAUGGUAGAAGUGUUAAAUAAUUUAGCAUGUUCAGGUAACAUUGGUGAACUGACUGAACUUUUUCCAGGGGAUAUUGAUGAUUUUUUUUAUGUCAAUUUCAAGCGGAUUUUUGAUAAAGUGGGAGCAGAUCUCUUCAGAACUUUGUUCGGUUGUGUUGCAGCUUCUCCUUCUCCUCUUCCGCGGUCAUUUAUUUCAUUCCUUGUAAAGAGGGAAAAAUCAAACCUGGACGAACAAGAAGUUAUUGACACCGUUUCAAUAUUUUUGGUACUCCGAGCUUCUGAUCUGACCUUUGCCUUUCUUCACAACUUAAUCCCAUCCUGGCUGACCGACAGGAACAAAGCUCGACGAUUUUUUGUCGACACCACCAAAGCAGGGGAGUGCUUAAAAAAUAUUGUUCUGGAAUUUCUUCCCUCUGUAAUGGACUUCUCAUCCGCGAAGAAACAUCCGUCUGUCGAAAAAGAUUUUCUGGACUAUGUCUUGCAUGUUGGCGUUCGUGUUUUGUGUGGUUACGAUGACGCAUGUUCGAUGAAGAUCGUUUACAACUGCAUGUCCAGCUACCAUUUUAUCCAGCAGAGAAUACAGAAAAGCCGGAUUGGCGUUUAUUCUGUUAUUGGUGAUCUCAAGCUUUCUGCUCGCUCACAGACUCUUGAUGAUACUGAAAAGGAAAUUCUGCAAGGAGUUUGCAGAGGGCUGGAAAGAAAUACCCAUACUCUUCUGGAAUGUCCACAUCUUCUUCCUUCCUGCCUGCAAAUGAUGUCCAAAGCUGUCAAAUUAAACAUGACAAUUCCCGAUGGAGUGUCCACCACUUGGAUGGAGUGGAGCUGGCUCCCUUUCCCUGCUCCUAAAGCCACUCGUAACAAGGUCACGAGUUGCUUUGCUUUUUCUCCUGAUGGGAAGUUUUUAGCCGAAGUCAAAUACGGAUGCAUCUCGUUGUACAAUUCAUGCUCCCUUGAAAGGUUGCUUCUCCUAGUCGAAAUAGAAGAAUUGGCAGACGUAAAACAUCUGGCAUUUUCUUCCUGUGGUAAUUUUGUCUUCUUUGGAAAAUUUGAUAGAGCGUUCUCAGUAAAGCGAAGAAUUAUUGAAACAUAUUUCCCAUUACAGACAGUUCAUCUUUCAUCUGAAUGGUUUUCGUUUGCCCUUGAUCGACAACACAUCGUGGUGAAGUGUAAGAGUUUACUUACUCCCACUUGCUGGUUGUGCCUUUUAAAUCACCUUUGUUUGUGGGCCAAAUUGGAAAUUGCACAGAGCCGGGAAAGAGAACCCUUAUGUCGAUGUUUUCCUGACAAGCUGAAAGUGACAAGAAAAUACCCCCAAUUUGCAGCCUAUCAAGGUUCGCGCAUUACAGCCAUGAGGCCAUUGUUAGAUCUCCUCAGCGAAAUGAAGCAAGAAGAAUGGUGUUCACUUUUACAAAAGGUACAACUUACUAGAGGAGACGGAACGUUUCUGGUUUCAAGUUGUCAGAGCUGCAAAACUGCAAAAGACUAUGAAGCAUUAACCUUGGAAGACGUUCGUGAGUUUGUUAUUGACCACUACUCUGAGAUAUUUAAAUAUCAAGUUUUGGAUAUGCAAACGGGUAAACCUGUGCUUAAUCUAUCCUCAUCUUCCGGUGUUGAGGUGGGCCCCUUUAUUCAUUUUUGUCACCUAGGCACAGCAUUUGAGAUAUGUGGCACAAUUUUUACCAGCACGGGUAAAGCUUUGUCACUCUCCAAUAUUGCUUUACUAAGCACUAUUUGUCAUCACCUUCUUUUCCGUUCAAGUAUAUUGCAAGAACUAGAACUCAAUUUUUUUCUGUCCAGGUCUCCACUUAAGUCAUUGAAAUGGUAUCCGCCUGGUCCUGAUGGAAGAGUUAGCUUUGUGGUGGAUAAAGGUAGCGUCGUUAACCAGAAGGUGAAACUUGUCAUUAAAGACAUCAAAAGUUAUGCUCCCGUGGAGGAGGAUGUAGUUCUUUAUGUGACUCCUCAUGAGUUCCGUCUAUGUGCCCUCUGUCUCCAGACAGGCACCACCACUGCUGUUCUAGACAGCUUCCACCACCACAUAAGGUUAUUGGACACGCCCGUCUUAUCUGACGAUGACACUCUUGAAGAGGUAAGAGAGAAAGAGUUAGCCUCAUCGACUUAUACAUUUACCGACUUAUCCAACGAUGACACUUACGAAGCAAUAGAAAGGGCUUCACUCUUGUCGACAGUUUCACCUAUAACAGCGUCCGAACUGGAAAAUCUCCUGAUGAAGGCAGAAAAGUGUUUUUCUCUGACAGUAUACCUUGCUUAUCACCACCAGGAGUGA